AUGGUCUUGGAAUCCAAUGCUGAUAUUGAGGUGUGUCAGGCAAUCCAACAGAUCUUGCCUGAAAACGCGCCCCACCCGCUGAAACGAUCAGCCAACAGUUGGACACCGAGACGAUUGAUGCGAUUGGACGAGUGCUCGCCCGGCGAGGCAAAUGAUCGGAAACUGAGGGGGCUUUUAAACAAACUGACGUCGCCAAACUUCAACUCCAUAUCCCAUCAAAUCACCCUUUUGAUCAAUGAAUCCGAGAAUGAAAAGGACGGCAGAAGUGUACGACAGGCGAUUAACCUGAUCUUGGAGCAACUCACCAGUCGUGGUCAUUGGCCUGAACUUUAUGCUAGACUUUCCCAAAGAUUGAUCAUGGAGCUGUCGGCUACAAUCAAAGAUGAAAGCUUCCCAGAUUGCCACGGUGGUCAGUUGUUUCGCAAACAUCUACUCAAUCGAUGCCAGAAAGAAUACGAAGAACUCGUUUCGGUUUACUCAGAUGAGUACGGAGUGAGAGGUGUCUGCAAGUUAGCUGAUGGCGCCGUUCAGCAAGCCGCAGACGGGAAACCGCAUGUUGAAGCAGAAAGCAAAAGCCAGGAAGACCACGCGAAGAAAGACGUACUCCUCUCUGACGAUUUCUAUGCCGUCCAAAAGGCCAAACGACAGGGUCUUGCACUUGUCCAGUUCUUCGGAGAACUGUACAAGUUGAACUUGUUGACCGAGAGAAUCAUGCACGAGUGUAUCAAGAAACCCCUCGAAAAUCUUGAUACACCUAGAGAGGAAAAAAUCGAAGUGCUCUGUUGCUUGAUGACGACCGCCGGUGGAUUACUCGAUCAUGAAAGAGCCAUCAGCCACAUGAAUGUUUAUUUUUCUCGGAUGGAAACAAUGUCGAAGAAUCUGUCUCCAAGCUCACGGGCCCGGUUCAUGAUUAUGGACCUCAUCGACCUUCGAAAGAACAAAUGGGUCAAGCGCGGCCACGAGCCUAAGGUUGAAUCAACAAGAGCACCCCCAAAAGCCACUCGACAGCGCCCCUUAUCCGCACCAAAACAAGGUCCACUGAAAAAACAAGACACCAAUGUCACUCUUAACAACGAACAGAAGAAGGCGUUCCUGGGAUAUAUUCUUGGGCAGCAUCAACUUGGAUUCCGGACCAGCAGUGGAAACCUUAAGAGACAGGGUUGGACAAACGUGGUCGAGAGUAUGAACAAGAGAUUCAACAUUGCCUUCGAGCAAGCGUGGUUCAGAAGUCAACGCAAUCGGCUUCACAGGACUUAUCUCGAGGUCAAGUUCUUACGGUGUCUAGCUGAUUUCGAGUGGGAUGAGGAGAAAAGUUGGCUUACCACUGAUGCAGCAACUUGGGAAAGGCUCCUUGAGGCAAGCCCGCAGAAGCGAGAUGAAUAUGAAUCAAUCCGAUCGGGUCCACUGGAGUGGUAUAGCUUGGCGGAACAAGUCUUCAGCCACAUUUCGGCAAAAAAUAAACAUACGGAGUCUCCCACUGAUGUGGCGCGAAAGAAUGAAGAGAUUAUUCGAGCAGAUGGCGAUGAUCGAGACGUCGUAGCCUUCCCUUCAACUUCCGUCUCUUCCGCUAGAGAGCAGACAGCACAAUCCGAAGACGAUCUUAUGACUGAGGGAAUAGACAGCCCAAUUGCGGAGCCUCUUGCUCCCCCAACUGAGCGAGCAGAACCCCUUGAUGAUCCCACACCGGCUGGGCAAGGUCCAGAUCAGGCCCGACCGGAUCCGAUCGCCGAAGCCGUCUCCGCGAUGGCCCGUAUGUUCCUCGAUUCAGUCAGCCCGCUUCAGUAUGUGAAGUUCAUCCAGGUCGUCGAGAAUGAGCCAAAUGCCAAGGUCUUCUUGUCUUUGGUUUCUACCACUAAUCCUGCUAUCUGUGAGACUUGGCUUACCCAGAAAUCUCUCCAGAAUCAAUUGUUAAACUAG